AUGGAGGGCAUCAGAGUGGUGUUGAAGAGGAAGUUCUCUGCAUCUCAGUUCUGGAACGACUGUAGAAAACACAAUGUGACGGUGAUCCAGUACAUUGGCGAGACCAUGCGCUACCUCUGCAACACACCCAAGGCAGAGAAUCAAUGUGUGAACAAUGUGCGGAUAGUGAUCGGGAACAGUAUUCGUGCCAACACAUGGAUAGAGUUCCUGCAGCGUUUUGGACAUGUACGGAUUUGUGAGUUUUAUGGCGCCACAGAGGGAAACAUCGGCUUUAUGAACUAUACUGGGAAAAUUGGAGCUAUUGGACGAAUGAGUGUGUUUGUAAAGAUAGCUGAACUCUUUGCUCUUCUUAUGUAUGAUACUGAGAGUGAAAAACCAGUCAGAGAUUCCAGAGGUUUCGGUAUGGAGGUUGUUACAGGUGAGACAGGCCUGCUAGUGGCUAAGAUCUCUAAAGUGGCUCCGUUUAGUGGCUAUGCAAACAACCAACAGCAGACAGACAAGAAGACACUGAGGAACGUGUUUCAGGAGGGAGAUGUGUACUUUAACAGUGGAGACCUCAUGAGAGUUGACCGGGAGGGCUUCGUCUAUUUCCAGGACCGAACUGGGGAUACUUUCAGGUGGAAGGGAGAGAAUGUUGCUACCACUGAAGUCACUGAUAUUUUAAUCAUGCUUGAUUUCAUCGAGGAGUCAAAUGUCUAUGGAGUCAAAGUGCCAGGUCACGAAGGUGGAAUAGGAAUGGCUGCUGUGAGGUUGAGAGAGGGGAUGGCUUUUGAUGGCUCUGUCAUGCAUCAACACGUGGAGAGCUACCUGCCUGCAUACAGCAGACCACGUUUCAUUAGGAUCCAGAGGGCGAUGAACAUCACCAGCACCUUUAAACAAAUGAAGGUGAAGCUGGCUGAGGAGGGAUUCAACCCAAAGACCAUCCAGGACCCACUUUACUUCCUGGAUGAUGAGAAGAAGACUUACAUGGCUAUGAUGGAGGACAUUUUCAGUUCCAUCUGUGACGGAAGACUGAGAUUAUAA